AAGCUAGACUAAGGUCAGACUAUGGAUAACAAUGUUCGAUCGAGUGGAAACAUAAUGCAAUCAUUUUAUCAAGAUGUCCCCAGUUGGACAUUUAACAGUACUUAAAAUGGAAACGGCUUCAACGCCGACCGAGCCAAACAGUGAGGGCAUUGAUUUGGCUGCUGAUCAUAGCUGUGGACUAGCUAAUCAGGCGGCUGUAAUAAAAAUAACAAAUGACGCCGACGUGGAUGCAGCGACAGAUUCUACGGAGCAACAACAGCAUCUGGAAUGCAAGAGCAAAGUACAAUGCGAGAAAAACACAGAGAUAGCAACAACAACAAAUGAAACUACAACAGAAGAUAAGAAUACACAAGUAACAAAUGAGUUAGCCAUAGUUAAGGAAAUGCAUGCGUCUGUUGUCGAGCAAAUGGUCAGACAGAAACCCGAGGACUCCACAGCAGGCAUCAGUUAUGCAGAUCUCAAGGCGCAGGAGGAGGAACAGGAGCUCAGCAAGGAUGCUCCACAGCAGGACAUACUGGCACAUGUGCACUGCCUGGCGCAGCUGGAGGAGCAACGGCGCAGCUAUGAACGCCAGCUGGAACAGCUGCGCACGGCAAAUGCCCAAAAGGAUAAUAUGAUGCAGUUGCUGCAGCGCGAGAAUGCGAUACUUGAUAAGGAGAAACAGGCAUUUCGCAAUGAAAUGGACUUGGCCAACAAGGAGAAGGAGUCGACUGUCAUCAAAUUUGCCAUGAAAGAAAAGCUGCUCAUCGAUGCCAAAAAGGAGAAGGAGGCUGUCGAGAAGCAGCUGGCCGAUGCCAAAAAGGAGGUCAAAAACGUUUCAACUCGCUUUCAGGCGGUGCACGAGGAAAAGUCGCGCAUGACCUAUAUCAUUGACGAAAAGUGCGGCGAGGUGCGCAAGUAUCAGCGAGAGCUCGAGAAGCUAAAAUUGGAAAUGGGUCACUUGGAGUCCAAGCUGAAGUACCAUGCCAACAAGCUGAGCAUUGAGGUGGAGGCCAAAGCGCAAUUGGAACGCAAGCUGGAAGAAGAACGCAAUGCGCCCAACAAACUUGAGGAAAAAGCCAAUGAGAAGCUAAAGGUGGAAUUUGAAGCCAACUCAAUACUCCUGAAACACGACAUUAUGCGCAAGUCCGAGGCACUGGACAAGCUCACCAAGGAGCAUCAAAAGCAAAGUGAGGCUAACAAGGAGCUGCAGCAGCAGCUGCAGGAAAUAAACGCAGCGCAUCAACAACUGACCGAACAGUUCAAGGAGCUGCAGUCGCAGCAUAGCUCCGUGGAGGCAGCCUACAGCGAUGAGCUGCUGAAUGCGGCCAAGCUGCAUAGCCAAUUGGCUGAGCUGCAGCUUCUGCGCACGCAGAACACAAUCAACGAACAGAAACUGGCUGAGGAGCAGACAAAAGUACAAAAACUGGAGGCCACUGCGCUGGACAAUGAGACAGAUUUGUCGCAGCUGCAGCAGAAGAAACAGGAACUGUUGAGCAUCAACAAGGAGAUGAGCGAGCUAAUAGUGCGCCUGCAAAAUGAUAUCUGUCUGGCAGAGUCGAAGGCACAAGGUCUUGAGGCAGAGAAUAAAUUGCUGAAGCAGGAGAAGCUCACAUACGAUGCCAAAUACAGCGAGCUGGAGCAACAGCUGAGCGCGGAGGCGGCCGAGAAAAACGAGGAGCGUCAAUUGCUAGCGAAGCAUCUGUCGGAGAAGACCAAGCUCUAUGAGCUGAUCAAAGGCAAGCUGGAAAAUGUGCAGGGCGACUUUGAGGCGACGCAGCAUAAAAAUGCGACGCUGGUCAAGGAGCUGCAAAGGGAGCUACAAAAGUACAAAAGAGGCAUUGUAGAUGCCAAACCCAUUGGCUAUUGCAGCAACUGUCAGCAGGCGCUGAAUGGCUACGGUCAGGAGCAGCAGCAGCAGCAACCGCUGCGCACACACAGCCGCAACAGCAGCCAGGGCAGCCUGCACAAUGGCAGUCGACGUGCCAGCGAAUCAUCCGAAUCCGAAACGGUGGCCAGCAGUGUGACGGCUGUGCCACAGACAGACCUGCAGGCGGUGCCGUCCAAGAAGGUUCUGGUGGAGCGCAUUUUGCGCCUGCAGCAGGCCUCAGCGCGUCAGACCGAACGCAUCGAAUUCCUAGAGAAUCACACGGCCAUGCUGGUCUCGGAGGUGCAAAAGAAAUCCAAGGUGGUGCAGCAUUAUAUGCUGCGCGAUCAGACAGCCGGCGCGCUCACCUCCUCCAAGAGUGAUCAGAACAAAAGCGAGCUGGUCAAGUACGGCAACGGCGUCAUGGCGGCCAUCUAUGGCGGCGUCAAGGGCGCCGAAAACAAGAGCAUGUCCCUGGAGCUCUCGUUGGAGAUCAAUAAGAAACUGCAGACCGUGUUGGAAGAUACGCUACUGAAGAAUAUAACGCUCAAAGAGAAUCUGGAUGUGUUGGGCCUGGAGGUGGAUAAUCUGACGCGUAAGUUGCGCUCAUACGAACUAAACAAAGUACAGUGAAAUCUCGUUGAGAUGUCUACUG